UGGGCAUAUCAGCUCAUGCCAGUGGGGCUUGUCACUGCUGGUUUCCUUGCUGGGGAUGGCAAGGUGAAGGUAACACUGCAGAGUGAGCUGACCACUUUCUUGGGGCUUUUAAAAGAAAAAUAUACCACCUUCAGUGCAUACUGCCUCUCCAACUGCACCUAAUUGAAAUACCUAAAUAUGCUCAACUUAUGUGGAGCAUUGACUGCAUGUGGUGCAAUACAUGACUGCAAAUGAUAUGAUUGCAUACUAUAAAGUCUUCUGCUGGGCUCAGUUCCCCCAGAAAUUAAUUCUGCCUAGAGUUUCUGUAAAGUCUCACAUUUUUUGAAAGGGUGAUUCGGAGGAGGAUGUGGAAGAGCAUCCACAAGAGCAAAGCUUCUCAGCAAAAAUGCCUCCAAAUGGGAAGGCCUUACAUUUUCACCCAUCAGUUCUGCAUUUUGGAAUGCAGUUACUGGGGUUACCCAGAGCUAAAAUGCUGCAUGCCUACAACCCUAGUAGAGAUAGAGAUGUUGUAGUCAAUUCAGUGUUUACAGCUACUAGACAGUUUCAUGUGUCUCCCGCUCAUAGCCGGGUGAUUCCAGCCAUGGGAAAGAUGUCUUUCAGAGUACUCUUCCUGCCCACAGAAGAAGGCAGUAUUGAAAGCUCAUUAUUUAUAAAUACCUCAUCUCAUGGAGUUCUUUCAUAUCAGCUUUUUGGAACAGGAAGUCUGAUGUCUCCUCCAGAAGAACCUAAAGUGCAGCUAGCAAAUGCCUACUUACUGCUUCCACAGAUUCAGAGCAUCCAGGCAUCACACACACUGACAGAAACUAUGAAUGCUAGUCUAUUACAGGUUCACCUUGAAUGCAGUUUACCUAAUGACACAUAUCAGCAAGUUAAGAGUUGCUGUUUUAUGUCUGAUGACCCAAUGCUGCUAGAAAUGAGCUUAACAGUAAGAGUGGAAAAUGCCCAGCAAGAUUUUGUGGAGCACAGACGAUACUUACUGGAGAAUCUUUUGAUAGUUUAUGUAGCAAUGGAAAGAACAAAGACCUCAGGUCAUUCAUCAGUAGAUGUGUAUAUCAUGCAUUCUGGAAACAGCCUGGUGCAUAUACAGGAAAUACGGCAGUUGUCACAAAAAUACACAUCAGCUGUGGAGUUUGAGCCAGUACUGCUAUCCUCAUCAUCUACUAACUUCACAAAAGUUGCUUCUAUUUCUUGUAAAGCUGCAUCCUGUGACAGUGAAAGUCUUUAUUCUGACAACAGCAAGAACUAUCUUUUGAAAGGCACUACAACACUCAAAGCCUGUCUUUUCUGUCCUGUGAUGGAAGGGUAUUUUGAUGUAGAUCCUUCUGCAGCACUGUUUCAUAUAGAACCACAUCAUAAUACUUCAGGAUAUUGGUCCAUAUGGUUUACAAACAAUUUUUACUUCAGCAUUGAAUUGAAUGAGGUCUUCAUAGCCAGAGAAACAAAGAACCUAGUUAAGAUUCUGAACUUUGCUGAACCUCUGACUCUACCUCCAGGCUGCUGGAAUGUUUUUUCUUUGAAGCUCAAUGUGAAAGACACUGUAACAAAUGUGCUCUCUAGUAUUUGUUUGUCCACAAACGUGGGAGUGAUGUUCGAAAUACCUCUGCAGAUAUAUUCGACUGUGUCCAAGCAGGGAGAUCUAAAUUUUGAAGCAAUUGCCCACUGUGAUAUUCAGUGCUACUUGGGAAAGUCUGAUUCAGCAAAUCUGCUUUGGCAGAAGAGUCUCUCUCUGGACCAUUCUGCCUGGGACGUGGAUUCCGAGCUUGCAAGUGACCUUUAUGAAAGAUGGCAAAAAAUAAGACGUGGAGAAGCAUGCAGCAGGAGAAGUAUUUUAGGAUCAGCUCGCUUUACACAUCAGAAGAACUCUGAAGAGGAAUCCUUUGCCUUUUUCUUGCCGCGGUUGACUACAGAGCCUGGCCUUACACUCAACUUUAAUGCCACAGCUGUUAAAAGUAGUAUGGUAAAAUAUUUCGUACUAAGAAACCCUUCAUCCUUCCCAGUUACGUUGCAGCUUCUGCCUCUUUCUUACUACCCUGAUCCCCAAGCUUCACUGAGUCUGCUGAACAAAUGGUUCGGCAUAAAUGUGCAAGCUAUUAACUUCACAACCACCGAAUUCAGGCUAAUGGAUGAAUGUUCUCACAGGAAUGCACAUCAAGAGGACCUCAUCAGCAAGAAAUGCAGUUCUGAGAUGCUUUGUUUAACUUUACAGCCACUGGAAACCAGAAAAGUUGGUGUAAUUUUUACACCUCUUGACUACAAAAGAGUAGCUUCCCUUAUUUUAAUCAGAAACAACUUAACUGUUCUGGAUGUGGUCAAUGUAGAAGGCUUUGGAGCCAAAGAAUUGCUUAAAGUAGGAGGAAGACUCCCAGGUGCAGGAGGAUCCCUUCGAUUUAAGGUGCCAGAAGCGACACUAAUGGACUGCAGACGACAACUGAAGGACAGCAAGCAAAUUCUAUCCAUUACGAAGAACUUCAAAGUAGAGAAUAUUGGGCCUCUUCCUAUAACAAUUUCAUCAAUGAAAAUCAAUGGUUACAGUUGCCAAGGAUAUGGAUUUGAAGUGUUGGACUGUCGGGAAUUUUUCCUAGCUCAAAAUUCAUCACGAGAAAUCAGCAUUGUAUUCACUCCUGACUUUACAUCUUCAUGGGUAAUUCGUGAGCUCACACUGGUGACUGCUGCUGAUCUGGAGUUCCACUUCACACUCAAUGUGACUCUCCCUCACCAUCUGCUACCGCUGUGUGCGGAUGUGGUGCCAGGACCCAGCUGGGAAGAGUCUUUCUGGAGGCUCACUGUCCUCUUUGUAAGUUUGUCCCUGCUUGGAGUGAUUCUGAUAGCCUUCCAGCAAGCCCAGUAUAUUCUAGCAGAGUUCAUGAAAUCAAGACAGAGGCCAAAUCCUAGUGCUUCACCACAGCAGAACAGCAACUCUGUUGACGUAAUCAGCUCUGAUUCCUACAAGGGAAGCUGCAAGACAUUUAUGGAUUCCUAUAGUUCCUCAGAUAAAGGUAAAGGGAAGGGCUUCCUGUCUGUAGGCACUUCCUCCAGCCGAAGUCAGAGUGCGGCAAAGAGAAGUCCUGCGACCUACAGCCACUCUCAGAAGAAACACAAAUGUUCAGUUUACUACAGUAAGCAGAAACCAAACACAGCAGCUGGCAGUGCCAUUGCAGCUGCUGAUGAGAAACAGAAUCAGAUUGCAGAGAACCAAACCUCAGCACCAAAAGAGGACAUUUGCACUGAUGUUGUCAGUGAGAACUGGGUAACUCUGAAAUAUGCAAAUGGCAUAAACGUUAACAAGAAUUUAACUCUUCCAGAAGACUUUCUGGGUAAAGAAGAAAGUACACUGAAAAAUACAGUUCUCGUUAAAAAUACUUCUUCAGAGUGUGAUCUGAAGGAAGAUCUUCAAACAUGUAUGUUUCCUAAGGAAACUAACCUUAAAACUUCAGAAAAUCUAGCUGAGCUCAAAGAACAGGAGUUCUGUUCUGUGAAGAUGUCAAAGAAGCUACCUGAAAGUCACUUGUCCAGAAAUUCACCUCAACAACAGCCAGAACUGCAAGAAAUAAGGAAAAUUAGUGGGAAUAGCCAGCAAGUGCCUCUCAGGAAUGAAACAGAAAACUGCGAGACUUCAAAAAAGCAGAUCAACCUAAAGCCUUCCACAGAGAAAAAGAUUAGUAAGGGACCCAAGGAAGAGACUCCAUGCUGUGCAAAAGAGGAGAUUACUUCUUCUGAGCAAGAAGAUGCAUAUAGAAAGAAGAAGCCUCAGGAUAAAAAGGAAGGAAAUGUACCAAAUAUGAAUUGGAAUAGGAAUAGAACAUCUAGGAAAAAUAAGAAGAAGAAUGUAAAUAUAUCCACAAGGGUCCCUGAGCAGAGUGAGUUGAAGCAUAUGUGCAGUGAAUUUGAAAGGCCGGAUCUGAGAACAAAUAUUGGAAUAAGAGCCUGGUGUCCUCAGAACAACGGGGAAAAUUGUAAAGCAGACCAAAAAGCUGGGAGCUUGUCCAUACAGGGAGAAACAGAAAACUUUUAUCAGCGGUCCAAAAAGAAGUGUUUGGAGAAGUUUUGUUCUGAUUCAAGCUCAGAUUGUGGAAGUUCGUCAGGAAGCGUUCGUGCAAGUCGUGGGAGCUGGGGUAGCUGGAGCAGUACCAGCAGUUCAGAUGGAGAUAAAAAGCCAAUGAUUACUACCAGGCAUUUUCUUCCAUCCAGAGAGAAUAUUUCACAAAAUGAUUUUCCAUCUGAAACUCCUAUCACUCUAAAUCUGUCUCAUAACAUCUGCAAUACCAGCAGAGACAUGAACAGCAUCCCCCAAUAUCCUGAGACCUUAUGUCCCAAUUUCACUGACAUAGCUGCAGAUCCUGACAAAAAUAAAGGUCUUUACCCAACAGGAGACUUGUGGCCUGCCCAGCCAGUCUGCAUGACAAACAGUUUGAACUACAACCUUGAGAAUAAUAUACCAUGCAUGAUCCAAGAAACCCCCUCUGUCCACAACAGCUUCAUUGACUGGAAUGCAGCUUGUGACAGCCAAUUUUCCAACGUGUAUUGUCCACUAGAGAUGAAUGAAUAUGGUGCUUUCCCAGAAGAGAACAUGAACUACCCCAGUGGCUUCCCAGGUACUGCAGCAAUGCAGAACACAGCCUUCAUUGACCAGAACUGUCCCUCCACCUGGAAUGCUCCUCCCAACAUGCCACCUGCCUGGGAGCCUGCCAGUUAUGUCAACUCCACACCCUACCUCUCAAGCACCCGAAGCUUGUCUCCAAUGUCUGGACUUUUUGGUUCCAUCUGGGCACCCCAGAGUGAUGUUUAUGAAAGCUGCUGCCCCGUCAGUGCCACGACUCAACAUUCAACCCACGUGGAGAACCAGGCAGUUAUGUGUAAGCAGGAAUACUAUCCAAGGUUUAACCCUUUCCGUGCCUACAUGAACUUGGACAUAUGGACUACAGCAGCCAAUCGAAAUGCAAAUUUCCCACUUUCGAGGGACUCGGGUUAUUGUGGAAACGUGUGAAAGGAAUUUGAUUUAAAAAUGUGAAUAAAGAUGCUUGCAAUUUUGAUUACUAGAGUAAGCUGGUUGCUGAAUAGAUUACAAUGUUGGUGAAUAUUUUGGCACUUUUAUAUUGAAAAUAAAUUUUUUUUACUGAA